AUGGAGAUUAGACCCUAUUGGGCAAAAGAUGUCCCAUGUAGGAAUAUCACCAUCCAUGGGUUUUGUAAAUUUGAAGGGAAAGGUUGUUCAUUUAAACAUGAAUCAUCAAAUAAAUCAUCAACAAUAACUUCAAAUUCAAAUAUAAACACAUCUGCUACUUCUUUACCUUUACAACAACCAUUAGAUCCAUUGAAAAAUCCAUCCAUUGGUGAUUUUCCCACUAUAUCAUCAAGACCAACAAGUGCAUUAAGUAAUAAUAUCCCUAAUAGUGGGAUCUUAAAUUCAGCUUCAAUCGGUGGUAGUAUAACUAGUGGUACUAACGCUGGUACUGGUGGUGAUUUAAAAAAAAAAUUCAAUCCAGCUUCAUCUUCAACUUUCCUUCCAUCAACUUCAAUUUCAAAUGUUCCAAAUUUAUCAAAUCCAACUAAACCAAUUAAUAAAUUUGCAGGAUUUUCACCAAAAGUUAAUGAUAUUCCUUCUUUUAUCCCAUCUGGUACUACUAUAAAUAAUAAUGAUGAUUUAACCUCUACUCAAAAUGGUUUAAAACAAUUCAAUCUUGAUAGUCCAGUUUUCCAACCAACAACAACAACAAAUAAUAAUAAUGAUAUCCAACCUUCAAUUAAUCGUUCUCCAAUACCUACAAAUCCUUAUCUUGUUUCAAAUAAUGAUUCAAUACAACCAAAUCCUUAUGCCCAAUCUUCAGAAGCUUUAAAUCCAUAUUCUCAAGUUACUGGUCCUCAAGAUUUUUUAUUUCCUCAAACUUCUUAUCCAUUAAAUCAUCAUUUAUAUGCACCUGCUCCACCACCACAUUUACAAAUUCCAUUAAAAGGUAAUGAAGAAAAUUCUUCAAAAUUUUUCCUUCCAAAUGAAUUAAGAGAAUCUUUAAUUAAAAAAAAUGAAUCAACUUUGAAAACUUUACAACAUUCAAAUUUACCUGAAUUAGUUAAUAUUUAUUAUAAUUUAGUUCCAUUAGAUAAUUCAUUACAAAAAUCAAAUCAAACCUAUGGUUAUUAUAGUUCUUUAUAUAAAGCUUUUUCAAAUGAUGAUGGUAAAGCUUAUGUUUUACGUCGUAUUGAAAAUGUUAAAUUAAAUCAAGAUAAAAGUAUAUCAACUAUUAAAAAAUGGGUUAAAUUAAAUUGUUCAAAUAUAACGAAAAUUAUUGAUGCUUUCACUUCAAGAAGUUUUGGUGAUAAUUCUUUAAUUAUUGUUUAUGAUUAUUAUCCAAAUUCAAAAAAUUUAAUUGAACAACAUUUCCAUUCAAAUCUUGGUGCAAAACCUGAACAAAUUACUCCAAAAAUUUUGUGGAAUUAUACUUUACAACUAACAAAUGCUAUUGCAACUUCACAUUCUAAAAAUUUACCAAUUAGAUCAUUAACUUUAACUAAGAUUAUAGUUACAAGUUUAAAUAGAAUACGUCUUUCAGAUUGUGGUAUAUUUGAUAUUUUAGAUUUUGAAGAUUUUUCCAAUGAAGAUGAAGAAUUAGAAACUAUUAAUUUAUUGAAAAUUCAAGAUUUACAAAAAUUAGGUCAAUUAUUAUUAAGUUUAGCUAUAUCAUCAUCACCAAAUUCUUCAAAAUUUUCCAAUAAUGAAGAUAUCAUAUCAAAUAUUGAUAUUGAUGAAGAUUUUAAAUCUGCAUUAAAAUAUUUAUUAAAUGAAUCAAACCCAAAUAUUGAAAGUUUCCAAAAAAUUAUUUCAAAGAAAUUAUUUGAAAGUUUAAAUCAAAUUCAAGAACAAGGUGAUUAUUAUGAAUCUCAAUUAACAAGAGAAUUAGAAAAUGGUAGAUUAGUUAGAUUAUUAACAAAAUUAAAUUUUAUCCUAGAAAGACCUGAAUAUCAAUCAAAUCCAACAUGGGCACAAUCUGGUGAAAGAUAUCCAAUUAAAUUAUUUAGAGAAUAUGUGUUCAAUCAAGUUGAUGAUAGAGGUAAACCUGUUUUAGAUUUAGCAUUUGUUUUGAAAACUUUAAAUAAACUAGAUGCUGGUAUUGAUGAAAAAUUCUUACUUGUUUCUCAUGAUGAACAAACUUGUAUGAUUGUUUCAUAUAAAGAAAUGAGAGAUCUUAUUGAAAGAUCUUUUAGAGAAUUAAGUAAUUGA